AAAAAAGUUCGGCACCAAUUAUCGAAAAUCGAUGUCGCAGUCUUCUUGCAGCUGAAGCGUAGGGGCGCCUGGAAGCUCAUCUUGCGCGAUUUUUGCAGAUUGUCCUUCAGACCACCGUCGUACCAGGAGCUGUUGUUUAUUCCGCUGCGACAAAGAAGUCGAGGGGGACAGCAACACAAUAACAAAGAAAGCAGCACCUCCUUACAGCGAGCCAUUUAUUGGUAAACCUAGACCCACUGUCCAGCACGACCACAAGCAUGACCACGCUGGAACACCAGGAGAACCUGGUGAAAACCGCCGCUGCGGCGCGUCGCCGCGGUCUCCGCGACAUCUCCAACACGAUCGCGUCGGAUAUGGAAUUCUCAGGCGUUUUUACAUCCUCGUUUGCUGUUACAUGAUUUGUCAUACGAAAUUCCCAUCAGCAUCGAACUCGAUCCACACGAUGAUCAAGCUACUUUGCAUGUUGACAAAUUCUUCAGGCACUACGAUGGCAUUGAAAUCCUUGUUGCCAAACCUGUAAUUCAGAGCGCGGAAGCUUCGUCCCUCUUCCGCUUUCGCUUUUGCUCUUGUUGCGUCCUCAUGAAUUUGCGUUGUACCAGCCGGCACUGUCCUAAGAACGUUUGAGCACUCCAUAGUGGAUGCAAACUGCCAUGCUGGAGCAGCUUUAGUAGCUGGGCCUACUACUACAAAGCAGACCUCCACCGGGAAAAUAAAUUGUGUAGUUCCAAUCAGUACUAACUUGAAGACUACAACGAGUACGACAACCAUCAACCCAGCUGGUUCCACGACGACGGUGUAUGUGCCGGAGGGAGCUGUUGUGCCGCUGACCAAGCCCUUGGUCGUUCCGGGACGAGGAGCAGCUGGUGAUGCUAGUCCAGUAGUGCAACAACAACACGGGUGGUCCUCGGUGGCGGAAAGCAAUAAUGGCGGUGCCGGUGAUGUGGGUGUGAAGACAACUACUUCUGAUGUGGAAAAUUAUCAAUCGAGUAAUUCCAACAUGAACAUGUUCUUGGAGAAUCAAAAUCCGGUCGUGCACGACAACUACGUUGGAGGUCAACAGUGUCAGAAUCAAAAUCACCAUCUGCACGACGGUGGGCACGGUCAGGAUAACGGAGUUGUCCACGUUAAGAACCAAUUGCAGGCCGUUCCUGCUCCAGUUCAUCAUUACCUUGAACCGCAAGAACAACCCUUUGUCGAACAGCGGACGCACGAAAUAAACACCGCUUCCAAAGCAAACAUCUUUGCAAAAAACCAGUCGGAGCAGAUGAACGAGCUCUGUCCCGAAGCGAAGUUUUUACUGGAGAAAGUGACUGCGGUGGCGCUGCAAAGGGAGCAGCAAGAAGUCGUGGAGCAACUCUACUCGCUCGACGAUGAAUUGGACGGCGCGGUGGGGGUAGUUUCAACAGCGGCAGAUGAAGCUGUAGCUGGGGCGAAAACUACAAACUCGAAAACGAAUUUUGGAAACAACAACAGCAGCAGCAGCAACCAAAACCAAGAAGGAGAUGAAAAUCUUUCCGACAUCGCCCCACCGAGUUCCGCCAAUCCGUUCGAGGGCUCGGAUUGCGAAACGCACCUGACCCACACCAGCAAAAUCUACUCGGAAACCGCGUACAAUGAGCUGCUGAUGGAUCCCUACCGCUCCGAUUUCAUUCUACCCCGGGACAACGAGCACGUGCAGCCGGUGGACCGGUCGAAUCCCUGGCAUAGCGGUGAGGUCGUCGCGGCCGCGCCGGAGCAUCAAGGUGGAGCCCCGCCCCGGCCUCCUCCUGCCCUAGGUGGAACAAGACGAACUACGCAGAGGGUCGUGUUGGACAACAACUACGGAGAAAUAAAUCAAAAUGAUAUUACCGGUGGUCAGGAGGUCCGCGGCCAGACCCAGAUGAACAACAACGACGAAGAUCUUGGUAGAGCCAUUGGUCUCCCCAGAACCUCCAGGGCCGAACUGGUCGCGACACAAAGAACAACAUCAAGUACAGAGAACUUGUCUUCCUCCGCUGGACGAGGACAAGCUGCUGUCAACGACCGGCACGAGGACCCCGCCGGCCGGGGACCGAAGAAGUCGUUUCUUGGAAUGUACAGUAAGGAGGCUUUGGAAGAGGAGGGGGUUUCGAACCCGCAGUUCUGGGAGCUCGACAACAGUGAAGAAGACGAAGUUGCGAAUUUGAUGGACGUCGUGCAGAUUGAACAUCAGCAGAAGAUCAACAUUUUUACCAACGGUGGUUGCAGGGAAGACCAGGUCAACUUUCACUUUGACACGGAAUUUACACCGUCCUUGAUGGGAACUACAGUUGUCACGACCGACACAACCUCCGGCGCUGCUUUCGCGAUGGUGCAGAAUACAACUGCAGCUCACAACUACCAAAAUAACUUGCAGCACCAAGUACUAGAGCAGGACUUCGUUUUUCACCGCGAAAACUUUCACCGGCUGGAACAAAACUUCGAGAACUUAACCCGGUUCCGGAACCGAAAUCAUGCAGCACCUCCUGAUGCCUCGUCGAAUGCUGUGCGAGGACCCAAUAUGCACAACAGCAGCUCGUCUGCAACUGCAGCUUCUGGUUCUGCCAGCAGCAGUUCUAGUAGCAGCAUGAUCCACCAGAAUGCCACAGCGAGCUACGCGGCCGCCAACUCCUUUGUGGCACAGCAGAUGCAGAUGCAAAUAAUGCAGCAGCAGAAUCAACCUCAAGGAUUUGGAUUUCACCAAAUGAACCAAAUUAAUCAGCACGACCACCAAGGUCCUCGUGGCUACCCGCAAGGUGUGCCGACCGCUUCUGCCACCGCAAGAACGUUCGGGUACGGCGAUUCGGCUCUUUCCAGCACAGCGCGAACGGAAAGAACGGAACAGCAGCGGCUACAACAACAGACUGCCGGAUUUGAUUUUCAUGACUUGGGUGGAACAAACAGCAACGUAUUGUCUGCAAGAAACGCGGUGCAGCAACGCAAUAGCCGUGGCCCGUUGGACAUUCGGGACCUCGCAAGCGUCACAGCCGACCAGCUGCAGCAACUGGUGCAACAGCGCGGAACUACAUUAAACAGUAGUGCUGCCCAACAUCAAAAUCAAAAUCAUGCACCUGCGAACACUUAUGUUCAGGACCACAACGGCAUCGUCCAGCAUGUGGCCGGCAGUUCUUUCCACCUCCCGCAGUUACCCAUCCCGCCGCACGAACAGCGGUCACGUGACCCGUUCCCUACGAGCGAGCUCGCCUUCCGGGGUCAAAUGGUGGAACGCUUGCCACCCGUGGACGUGCGACAGUUGGGGAACUGGGAUCGAGUCGCCGGCGGAGGUGGGACGACGGGCCAUGGACCACUUGGAGCACGUAGUUCCUCUGGUGGUCCUCUGCAACAGGAACAGCAGCAAGAUCUCCAUCUUCAAAACACGACGAUGCAUUUCAACUUUUUCCCUCAAAGAGGAACUGCUUCUACAACAGGAGCUGCAAGUUCAUCUUGUACGGAGCAUCGCUGGAAGGAGAUCCACUACGCGUGCGGGGUGAAUCUGGAGGUCGUGGAUUCGGUGGAGAUCAACGGCAGUGGAGCUAGUUGUGAGAACAGCAAGAGCAGUGACGGGGAAAAUCAAGGGAUGAAAAAUGGCAUUGAUCUCGACGAGCUUGCCAGUAGGAGCAGUGACGAGGAAAAUAAUGGUAAUCUGCAUCACGACCGAGAAGUACAAGACCACACUGGGCGUGUUGAAAAGCCGAACACGACGACCGCGAAAGGGAAGGACAAGUCGCAGGUCGUGAAUGAAACUGUGGAACGGGAACUCCAGCCCAUCACGCUGAAGCGCGAGCUCCGGAAGAAGCGAGUGGACGGCACCUGGGUCGAGACCAGCUGUAUUCUGACACUGCAUAUCAAAUGUAAAAGUGUCUGGGUCUGGAAGAAUCAUGCUGCUUUUGCAUGACACAGAAGGUCUGGCAUGGAAGCUCUAGCGUCACAGGUUUCGAGAAGCGUUCGCAAUGCCGAAUCCGCAUGACAAGUCCCUGACUUUGGUGACAGAAAGUGGGCAACUUUUGCUGCCUAUGCAUGAGAGAUUUUUCUGUGUUCUGAAAUGCGCAUGACAAGUUCCAACCUUCCAGACCCAGACAUUUUUACAUUUGAUAGUGCAGCUGAAAAGUUUUCUAGAUGGAAUUUUCGAACAUAAAGAAGAAGACGAGUUUUAUCCUGACGGCACUAAAGCGGAUGGCGACGACGUGGUCGACGAGCAAAACAAAAAGCACUUCUUCUCGUUUGCUGGUCCUGCGCAAGGGGAAGAUGAACUACAUGCACAAGGUCCACGAGACGCAGACUUUUCCGCUUUUGCGUUCCCUGCUCGUUCGCAGAGCAAAAGCUCCUGCUCCGCGAGCGAAGAGGAGGAUCGCCACGAAGGAGGGGACGUCGGUCGUGCAGGCACUGCUGCGGGCUCUGUUGGUAAUAAAGGAGACCACGUCCUCGUCGAGAAAAACCACGUCGCAAGAAACGGAGUUGACUCGAGUACGAAAACAGGAACAAAGGUCGUGUCCUCGUCGUGUAAAAAACCGCGGCAACUCACGACCAAAACUCACUCUACGGUGACUGCCUUAACGGAUGAACAAAAGGAACAGAAACAGCCAGAGUAUGAUGAAGAGCCCUGCUUCUACGUGACCACGACCGAGCUUUUCCGGACGGUACUCCACCCCCACGAAACCCGGGAAGAGGAAGAUGAGAACGCGAUUAAUUUCAUCCGGAACGAGCUGAGCAGCCCCCGGAACUUCCCGCACAAGACCUUUCGCGGGAAGAAGUGGAACUGCAUCACGACGCGGCAGCAGAAGAACCGCGAGCAGGUGGUUCCGCUGGCCUGUGAGCAGCGGAAAAAGUGGCGACAGAUGCGAAGACGGCUGAAGAGCGACCUACGGCCGGACCUGUACGGACACCGGGUCGUGCACGAGUACCGCGACGGCCGGAUAGAGGUGGUGCACCAGCGGACGCGGCUGCUGCCGCUGCGGGGUUUGGAGGAGAUCUUUUUGAGUGGAACAAAUGGAGGUUGCUGUGAUAAAAGUGAAAAUCAAUCCGGCAAGAAGAACCUCACCGGCAGCACGCUUGCGGAGCAGAUUUUGAAAACGUCAAGCAAUAAAGUCGAUGUGAAAAAGUUGACAUCCAUUCUCCUCAAGCAGCUCCCCGACCCCUUCGAGUUGUUUCUGGAGCUCUGCUAUGCACUGUAAAAGCUUCCUCGUAGUCGUAAGUAAAAAUUAAAAUUUUUGCAAAUCUUGCAUGAAAGGCCACAACCCUCUCGGGUUGUGGCCUUUCCUCGGAGGUGGGGUUGGGCUUGGGGCGCCAGGCGAAUGGACGGCUUCGCAGCUACGUUGUGAUCGACAAACUGAGAUCGACGAUAAUAGUUGCGUUGCUGGUUCUGUGCCAGUCGCGGGGCAUGUUCGGGCGUUCCGGGCUGUGCUUUGUGCACCCCUCGGACCCCGCACUCCCCCGGGCUCGGUAGCGCAGUCUGUUAAGCAUGACAAAUGAAAUUAAGCUCCCAUCAUGCAGAUGAGCCAGAGUCAGCAUGACUUUCCUGUUCAAAAAAUUUGUCAUGCGCUUUAUACUGCGUACGGGUACGGCAGAGCUUUUGCAAUGUAUAUCUGCAAGGUGAACGGUCUGUCCACGCCGGAGAAAAAGCAGUUAGACGACCUGGACGCCUGCACGGCUGCGAAUGCGGACUCCUUUCCCGCGGUCUUGCGGUACGAGAACGCGGUCUUGAUGCAGGAAAACGACUGUUUGUUGACCAACUCGCAAAAGAAGAAAUUGAAACUAGCCGCCCCGGAGGCGUUGUGGCAAAAUGCGGUGGGAGUGUUGGUGGGGCAAAUGCAGGCGUGUUGCACUAGUAGUGCGAGUGCGGUGCGUACUGAUCGUACUUCUUCUACGAUGCGCGGAGGUUUGAAGCAGAAGCUACAAGGCCCACCGGGCGGUGGACCAGCGGUGGAGGGCGUGCUGCAACAAGGAGCAGGGAGCGAGAGGAGCCACUCCUCGGUACAGUGUCCUCGUAGUUCUUUACGAGAACCCUCCGAAGUAGGACGCAUCAAUACGAAGACCAGUCCGCACUUCGGCCUCGCCCCCGAGAAGACUUGUGGUAAUGAACAAAGUGGUCUUCAUGUUGGAGAUAAUUUGGCUUCUAGUGCUGGUGGUGGUACCGAGGCUGCAGCUUCGGGCUCAGCAUCAGCUGCACACGAUAGUACUACCGUGGUCUCACCUUUGGAAAUAAACCCGAACAGCAAGAACACAGUGCCCCAUGAGGAAAGCAGUAAAAUCAUUGGUCCUUCAACAAGAACAACUACCGGUAGUUCUUGUAGUUCCAACUCAAAAAAGCAAAAACCUUCUUCCGCAUCGAAAUUAUCGAAGAAACAGAAGCAAAACGUGGUCCUGACGAAGCAAUCCGACCACUACACACAGCAAGAGCAAUCCACCUUCGACGAUAAACUGCAGCACUUGCUGGACAUAUGAGAGUUGUGCACAAAUCCUCCUUUCCCUCCUGUGUCAUGCAAGCUCGUCUAUGUUGAUCCAGUUCCAUGACAAAUUUUUUCGGAAUAAGCUCAAAGUAGAGUAAGUACUACUCUCGGCCGCGAACUAUGGAGGAAGUGCCACACACAGGCUCCUCGUCCUCUACUUCUACGUGUGCUGCUGUCUGUAUAAUUGCUGUUCAUCGACCCAUACGAAUGAAUCUACGAGGGGAACAAGGGGGAGUUGCGCCUGUUCAUAGGACAACGAAGUGCCGUCUCCUACCAGCGCCCAGGAGAUGGAGCAGGUCCGGUACCAGCAGAAGCGGUCUUUGAAGCAGUUUUUCCACGAAAACAUCCAGUCCAAGCGACUGCAGUUGUCGAAGACGUUGCAGCAGCGGGCUUUGCAAACGCCGUCGUUUCUUCUCUACUCCAACGCGGAUCUGGCGGGGAUGUGCGAAACGAUGAAUUCCAUGGAUGUGCAGGGGAGCCACAUCGAUCCGGAAUACUUUGCCGCGGAGUCGAUGUAACUAAUAUAGGGCUGCUUGACAAGAACUUUUGAUAUUCAUUGUGUCCAUCACGAUCGAUGCAUGAGCACGCCCAGGAAAGAACUACUCGCUGCAUAUGAUACAACGUCAGUUCCGCUUCCGUCGAGAACUUUUACUUGCAAUACGUAGUUGCGAUACGUAGAAGUGGAGGCGCUUUUCAGUUAAUCGAAUGGGGAUGGUACUUCUAUGUACUAAAGUAGGCGAUUUCUAUCUACUCGAAAAUAAAUCGUUUAUCGCAGGCUCGUCCAGCCCCAGCACCGGUUCACACUGGUCGACUGGCUCACCGAGGUGACGCGGGCAUUCAAUCACGCGACCGUCACGCUUGAGCUCGCGGUCAACAUUUUGGACAGCUACUGCACGAAGGAAGAAAAGCAGAUCCAGUUGCGGUUCUACCAGUUGAUUGGCGCGGUCUGCCUCUUCAUCGCGACUAAGGCGACGGAGGUGGUGCCGUUGCAACUGGACGAACUGGUGAAACUGUGCGACGCGCAAUACUAUCCUGUGCAAAAAUAAUGAUAUCGCACUCGUGCAAAUAGUCGCAGUCGUCGUGCAUGACAGAUUAGUAUUGCUUUCCCUAGUACAACCUCCUAAGUGGUCUGCAUCUUUCUUAAUAUCUGAGUUGCGUUUUUUCUCCUUGAAAAAAAUAAUUUUUCAGCCAAUUUCUAGUACAGGUACGACAGCGGUAUCGUUCUUUUGCAAUGCAUAAAUGUCAGGAGAAGGACUUUUUACAAAAAGAAGUGGAUAUCGUCAACUGCUUGGAGUUCGAGCUAUUCCGCGAACCUUCGGUGACCGAGUACGGUGGUAUGUGGAUCGCACUGUGGGUGGGCAAGGUGCUGCGUGGGGAGGGGCACAGGAAGGAGCACGGGAAUAGCAAAUCGCUGGCGACGAGCAACAAGGAUAACUGUUUAUCGACCAAAAAGCCGUCACGGGUGAGCCCGAAUACGGAUUGGAACAGAUACAACACCCUGUCGACAAGAACGCCGACUUCGUCUAGAGCGGCCGCUGGAUUCAACUCCACCUCGGGAAUCAAGGCGACGAACUCCGCUGCCAGGAUUUGCGCAACGUCGUCUGCAGCCUCUGGUAGUAAGAUGCCCAGUUGUCACCAGAGGGACCAGAUGAACAAUCCGCAUAAUUUCUCCCACGAAUCUUUGAAGCGGAAGGCGGCCAGCGGCUCGACGUACUCCGGUUCUUCGCCAACAUCUUCAUCAUCUUCCAGUCAUCCGUCGUCCAAUAAUUCAUCUUCCGGGAAGAAAAAUAAAUGCUACUACUAUACCGAUCAAAACGGGAACAAAAUUGACUACCUCGUGGCACCUCGUCCCUCUGAGGAUCAAGAAUUGUCAAAUGUUUUGUUUCCGACGUUGUCGACGAAGACAAUGCGGAUGUUUGAGUGCGACAACUUGAUCCUGGACCCCUGGUGGAUGUUUCACGCGCGGGACCAGAAGGGCUUGCUCUUCACGUUCUUCUCCUUUUUUGUCGAGUUGCAGCUGCACAACACGGACUUUCUCGUCUUCACUCCGAAGAAACGGGCCGCGUCGGCGCUGUACUGUGCGUUGUGCCUGCUGCUGCCCGCCGAGAAGGAACGACGAGAACUGAUUGUGAUGGAGUGUUGUAGGAAUAGCGCCGUAGGUUCUAGUGGCCGGAACAAGAAGAAAAACCCGCCGCGGAAAAGUCCCCUGACGUCGUGGCAAGACGAGUCGUCGUGCAGGAUUGGUAUCCGUAAUAUGAUUGCAUUAGAUGGCAUGAGUGCUUCAACAAAAUCCGGGCGACGUCCGCGACUUAGCGGGGCUGACGCUCAUGUCCGUUUCAGUACUUAGUCUUGAAUAGAAAACUGCAAGCCAUGGCGAAUUCAGUACCUAAACCUAUAGAUUCGUGCAAAAACAAACAAAACCAAAAUCCGAUGAAUUCCAGAUCCGAUCCGCCUGGAGAAACUGCGGCGGGAACAAAUCGCGACCUUGGAUUCGCUACCGAAGUGGCCGUUGGAAUUGAUCCAGAUCUCGGGUUUCUGGGCCAUCGAGCUGCGAGAAGAGGUCUUGCAGCUGCGGUUGGCGUUUGAGCGGCACUUCAGCCGGCUUCGGGGGCAGGGCCUGAUGAAGCGGUGGGAACCCCGGUGUGGAAAGUAUUUGAAAGCGACAAACAUUUUCUGAAAAUGUUGUACUACGGUAGAACUGGCUCCACUAAACUACUUAAAACUUUCACGACUUGUAAGAUGGAGGAGAUGAGUUGGAAAAGGAACACACAACUCGAAUUCGGUUGCAGCCAUGAAAGAAAAUCUAUUACUAAUUCUAGAUGAUGAUGAUCUGUUGAGCUAGUAUUUAUUGAUCGGCUGCACUUUCAGUUUCUACUCAGCAAUUUAAAUUUUGGUUUGGAGCUGACGUCACAUUCGUGGCGCGGGUCAUGGCUUCCAAGUUUAUUUGUUUCACAAUUUUGGCCGAGAACUUUUUUCCCUUUCAAAAGUAUAUGUCAAACAGUUUCUACAUUUUACCUCGCGUUUCAAUGUUUUCUUCUACUAGAUUACACCCUGUUUACCGUUAUUUGUCUUCGCAAGACGAAAAAUGCGAAUAUAGACGGACCAUGAUCUAGGUUUCUUUCGGAACGGGACUGAAACCUAAAUACACCGGGCGGGAGGCUGAACACGGCGUCGCAACCCACCGCGAAAUGCGAGCUAGGCCUUUCGCUUUACUAUUCGCACGUUCCUAGAACCAAGUCCUAGAAAUAGUUUUUCGCACGUUCCUAGAACCAAGUCCAACUUGUACUCGGCUGUCUUCAGCACCUAUGUUUCUACUCUUUGUUGGUUCCUAUGCGAGAAUGGAAACUUUCGUGUCUUUCUUGACCUCGAGAGCUGCUUUGUCCGUUUGCCACUUCUUCCUGUUCGAGGAAGUUCUCUGAUAGAAGUAGAACUAAGUUUUGACAUCAGUGAUGAGCUAUUAAUUUACUUAGGCUUUUUCCACCGUUUUUGCUAUGCUUUAUGAAAAUGAAAAUGAAUCUAGCAUCACUUGUACUCCUUCUAGGGGAAGUCAAGACAGAUGAAGUGCGACUGCGUUGUCAAAGUUAGUAGCCACGAGGCGAGUUUGUUUUUAGUACUACGCGUCGCUGCCGGUGUGGACGGUCAUUUCUGAGAACUAGGAAGUCUUUCACCAUAGUACUCUUCUCGCUUUUGCUGUGUGCAAAAAUAGAACUUAAACUGUAUGAUUUUUCAGGGAACUCUGUUUGAUUUUCAUCUAUCUACCUAGAACUUUCUUCACACAGUCACUCGACUCGACAAGCUACUUGAUGUGUCCAAUGCAAUUACACAAUAUUGUAGUCUAUUAUGUCACAACUCUGUACGCCGAUACCGAUAGCGAAUUGCUUUUAGUGACAUCAAUGAAUUUGAAUUUGAUUUUGCUUUGAACUUUUUGCAACACUCUACCUCCGUCUGUGUCUUGAUGAAGAACUUGAUCGGGAGCGGUCCUUCCUUCCGAUGAAGGAUAUCUCCAGGCUUUUCUACGACGACCUUUCAAAUGACAACGAACUGAUAUAUGAAGGGUUUGAGCUUUUCUUUUUGUUAUUUCGGACGAAUGAGUUGC